UGGAGAGAGAGAGAGACGGGCACACAUGCAUCACUUUUACAUCAGCGUAUGUUCCAGUCGUCCGUCAUUCCCGCAGUGAGGUCAUCUCUCCAGAUCUCUGAUCUUCACUGAAUGCUGGAGAAACUUGUGGAGAACAGCGCUCAGGAAGAGGAAGGAAGAGCGAGGAGACGUGUGGAGGAGAGCGAGGGUGCGAUCGCUUCACAGACGGCGUGAACGAAGACAACAGAGAAAGUGACCACAAACACGGACCGAACAGAAGCGGAUUGAUCUGCAGACUUCCACACGAGGAGCGAUGAGAAGAAGCUGAGAACAUCAGGAGAACUCGUCAGUCUCCGGUCAUGAUGGAGAAGAACGAGCCAGCCAUCUCGCCCUCCUCACCGUCUCCGUCUGUCCUCCAGAACGUCAGCCCUGCUCGCAUGAGUUCGCCCGAGGCUAAUGCGGCUCGUGAUGCAGAGAGCCCUACGGACAGCAGGCCCAGCGCAGCGGAACCAGAGGCCACUGGAGCCGAGACCCGGCCGAGCCCCACAGUCACGUCCCUCCCGCCCAACAUCCCGGUCAUCAGCCUGGCUCACAGCAAACCCCCCCUGCCUCCCCUCUCCAUGCUGACGGCCCUGCACCCCGCUCCGCGCCUCCUUCACGGCCCCACGGAGCUGCGACCCGCUGCGGCCCUCCUGCCUCCACCCUUCCUGCAGACGCACCCCUUCAUCAGCAGCUCUUUCCUCGGACCAUCUGGGAGCUUUGGGGUCUUCGGGAACGCUCGUAUGAAGAGACGGCCAUCCACACACUUCGAACUGGAGCUCAAUGAUGGUCCUCCUCAGAAGAUGGCUCGGCGCGUCUUCACUAACAGCCGCGAACGCUGGCGGCAACAGAACGUAAAUGGUGCUUUCUCUGAGCUCCGCAAACUCAUCCCGACCCACCCGCCUGACAAGAAGCUCAGCAAGAACGAGAUCCUGCGCCUCGCCAUGAAGUACAUCAACUUCCUCGUGCAGCUGCUGAAGGACCAGACGGGCGAUCAGGCGUGUAAAGGCACAACUGGGGGUGUGGAGGACCGGGAGAAGGAUGGAAGCGAAGCUUUGGGAAGCAGCAGCUCCCCGUCCCGUAAAAACAGAGACUCCACGGACUCCAUGACUGUGCUGACGGCGUCAUCGGGCUCCAGUUGUUACGGCGACACGGACAGCGAGGAGAGUACGGGGCCGCGGCCCUGCGGCAUUGAGACGAAACAUGGCGGGAUCACGGAGAAGGUUCAGGAACGGAUUCUAGCAGUCACAGCGAGCAGCUACCAGCGGUGACCAGCGCUAACCAACCUCAAACUGACACGCAGCAUAUAAACUCUCAUAGAAACAUUGCGUGGAAUGUCAGUGAAUUUACUUCCUGUGCGUUUUUGGAUCGGGUUAAAUUCAUGGCUUGUGUUCCGGAUCCAUGUUUCAUGUGUCGAGUUAGCCGCGUCACGUGAUCCUUCAUGUCUGCAACUUCUCCAUUUAAUUUCCUCUCACUGAUAUUUCGAGGAGUUGUAUGUGCGGCUCAGUCAGGGAAUAAAUAGAGUUUGUGGGUUCCUGGUGUGAUCAAGGGUACCUCAAACUUCACAUCUACGACUGUCUGAAGCAUUCUGACUGGAUUAUUUAAUAAUGUAUUGAUCUUUUGAAAGCAUAAAUGCUAAAUGGAGUAAAAGGGAGAACAGCUCAGGCCUGUCCAGUGGGCCUCUGAAGACCUGCAGCAUCUGAUGGGAAAUGUUCUGAUGGCAGCUCACAUCACACUCUGAUCACUGUCUUCUCUUUGUUUGCUCCGUCUGUAAGAAGUUGUAAUUAUGUGGCUUGCGUUCAACUGAUUUUG